AUGACGACUAUUGAUAACGGCAGUACCGGUGAUGACAAGCGGGAAAGAACCCAAGCAAACACCGGGAUUUUGCAUGAUCGUUCUCCUUCGCCUGAUGGAUGCAUUGCCUUGACAUUCGAGCGAGGAUAUUAUCAUUGCGAUCGGCUCUUCAUCAAGAGGAGUCUGAGACCUAGCGAAUUUCGGACCUCGCAAAGAGGUCUUGUUCACGUCCCUCGCCUAGGGAAGGAGAGGCUUGAAAAUGAGGCAGAGUCGCUAAGGUUCAUUCGGCGCACGACCAACAUCCCGGUUCCAACUGUGUACGGUGCAUUCGAAGUGGACGAUUCGUUCUAUCUGAUUACGGAAUAUAUUCGAGGUACAGCCAUGUCUCAGCUGUCCGAGGAUCAGAAGAAAAUUGUCCGUGACGAGCUGCGUCAGCACCUGGCCACCCUUCAUAACAUCAGGUCGAAAACCACCGGCGGACCGUCGGGGAUUGUGAUCCCUCCCUACCGAGCCAUGAAGAGCACGGUCAAUGACCGCUGGCCAGUGCGAUCAUCUGAAAGUGCAGAAUACGUAUUCUGUCACAAUGAUCUAUCUCAGCCAAACGUCAUUGUUGACCCCGACACGCUCAGGAUCCGAGCGAUUCUCGAUUGGGAAUAUAUUAUUGACAAGGUUAUUAAACGCCAAGGACUAAACCAUAACUAUCUAGCUCAACAUGAGGAGGCUGGGCAAACCAGCACGGUCACCCAAAGCGCCCCAGAAAAAAAGAAAACAUCCUCAGACAACAACAUCCUCAUCCUCCUGACUCUUCUCUCACCAUACCUCCAACAUGCCUCCAACCCAUCGACCAUGAUCUUCAACACCUUCCGCGACUUCCACCUCGACAUCGUCGGCUUCCUCGCCAUCCUCGGCGAAGCCUCCGUUGCCGUGAACUACCAGGUCUCCACGCUCUCGUAUUUCAUCUUCCUCCCGCGCCUGCUGCCCGCGCCGCAGGCCUUCAUCCGGCCCGCGCGCCCGCUGCGUCUCGAGUCCGUGCCCGGCGUCGUCAUCGGCGUCAGCUCCGGCAACCUCUGCCGCCAUGUCUACCGCAUCCCGCACAUCAUUCUGCCCGGGGAGAAACUCAACGCCAGCAAAGGCGACUACACCGUGCGCCGCGUCGAAGUCCGCAUCAAGCCGGGCAGAAAAAAUGGCCCCCUGGUCACGGCCAGGACGUUCGGCCUCCUCUCGCUCCUCUCGGUCGUUGGCUGCGCCAUCUCCUUCGCCCUCCUGGGCCUCUCCAUCCACUACAACGACGGCUGGGCGCUGGUCGCCACCGUGCUGCUGUCGGUUCUGUCGACCGUCAUCGGGAUCGCGUGCAAAUGGGAGCUGAAGCUGGGCAAGCGCAUCGCGAACCGCGACAUCCCGUCCUCCGACGUCAUCGUGUGCUACCCGAACGGGUCGUUCCUCAUCGUCAAGUGCGACGAGGACGUCGCCCGCGCGCUGUUCUUCGCCCCCGAGCGCUGUGACUACCUCUUGGGUUCGUUGGCGUACCGCUCGCUUUCGCUGCUGGGCACGCUGAUGCUGAUGUUUGGCGUUGUGGCACUCGGGAAUUCGCAGCUCGAGCUGCAACUGGCGUUUGGCGCGUCGUAUCUGUUACUGAAUGUCGCGUAUUGGGUUGUCGCGGCUAUGCCGGAGCGCCUGCACUGGGAUUACUCGGCGCUGGAGAUUACCGAGGAGAUCCUGGUGAGUCCCUCGGCGAAGCGGAGCUUUACCGAUGCGCUGUGGCAGGCGAUCAAGCAGACGAAGGCUACGAGGUGGGUGCGGACAGGCCAGGUCGCGCCCGAUACGAGGGCGUGGGAUGAGUGGUUGAAGAGGGCGCAUGAGGUUGCGAAUCGGGAGACUGAGGGGGAGGGAGUGCUGCCGGAUGAGUGGGAUGCUGGGAGGAAUCUCAGUGAGUGUAUUAAGAUGUAUGCGAUGAAUACGGAGUCGCGGCUGCGUGAGGAAAUCAGCGGCGAGGGGAAGUGA